AUGACCUCCCUUCAUGCGUCGCCCGUGUGUUUGAGCAUUGUGUGUUUGAGCAUUGUGCUUUCUUUUCCGUGCCUCACUGCUCGGAUUCUCACCGCUACACGACAGCUGGAGCAACGCCAUCGCACCAUGCCCGCCUCGGUUGUGGAGGCUCAGCAGAAGAAGGAAGCCGAGCAAAAGCAGGAGCAGAAGCAGGAGCAGGAGGCAGCCCAAAAACAAGGAAAGGUACAACGUAAGGAGCAACCCCGCCAGCGUCGAGCCUCAGUCGCUGGGCAUGUCCCCGUGCGUCGCAGCGCGCGUCGCAUGACGGCGACCGAGAUUGACACGAGUUUUGGGCGCCGGGCAAGCCGAAUCGGCCAGCUGAGCUCGCGGGCUGAGAGCGGUUUGGACAGUGUCAAUGGAGACGAGCACCACACUGACAUCGAUGGUGAAAGCCUCAAUCUCCCGGCGUCCGUGGAUGCCAGCCGGCGUGCAUCUGCACAUCACAGUCCUACCCGCCGGGCACGCCGGCCCUCGGCACGCGACCACCCACUCGUGCGCGAGGCCUUGGCUGUCCAACCCGAGCUGGCCUCCAACCUCGACUUGCAAACCGAGUCACAACGUCCCUUGGUGACGGAGCGUGACCGUUUGUUGCAAGCGGCUGAGGUGGAGGACCUUGAAUGGGAUAUGGCCUGCGCUAACGAUCCCGAAUUGCGCAAGAUUUUGCGUGAGCGGCGCGUUUCCACAAUCUCCGAUCACUCCCAGGAGGAUGGUGACGGCGAUGUGGGCCAUCGCCGUGGGUCCAUGCGUCGGCCCAGUGGUGCCAUGUCCGUGGGUCGCCACCGUCGGCGACCGAGCCGCGCCAGCACGGUAUGGGCGGCCUAUCCGCAUGAUGAGGAAGAAGACCAAAUUGUCAAGGUGCAGGUGAGGGAGGACGGAGAAGAGGAGGAAGAAGAAACGGCCAGUUCCCGCGCCCUGGCCGGUCUGAUUCUCGAAGAGGAUGAGGAUAGCCCCUUGUCCUUGGGCUCGAGCCCGAGUCGUGUUCGAGGCUCUCUGUCUCCAUUGGGCCGCCUCUCAGUCCUAUCAACUCGAAGCUCCAUCUUCGACACGACCCCGCCACCCCAGUCUACCCCGCCUCCCAGCUUUCAAGUGUCACUGCCCCCAAGUUCGCCAAAGCGCUCGCCCUACAGUCAUGGGCUGUCCUCGUCGAGUCGCCGUGAGUCCAUCGUGGAAAGCAAUCUGCUCAACCUCGAGGUUCGCGAUUGGCACCAGCCCAACAAGUGGGACCCGUGA